AACCCCUAUAUUUAUGAAAUAGUUAUAGCAGGAAAUAAUGUCCAAUGACAUACAAACUUGGAUACAAAUUACUAGAUAAUUUUAUUUCAAUACUUAGUCAUUCCACGCCUAAUUUUGAGGACUAGCGUAUAUAAGGUGGAUGGUUCACCUCAGUCAUUCCAUCUGCACUUGCAUCAGCUCUGCAGUCAAGAUGAAAUUCACUAUUGUGGCUACAGUCCUUCUUGGACUCUUGCUGACUCCAGCUCUUGCUCAAUUCUUUCAGAAUGUGAAAGGAGUCAAGAGACAACCCAUCUACAGGAGAAUCAGUGUUGGCACUGGCUACCAAAUUCUGACCAUCGAUAGUGAGACCCUUGUGGCAGUUGUUGAGGACAAAACAACCACUGAAUCAUGGAAAACUGUUUUGAACUAUGAUACAGGCUACAUUGCAAGCAGAGUAGUGUCAGAGAAUGUCUGCUACAUUUCUAGAAUGGACAGAGUCGUGAUGCCUGCUCUUUCUUCAAUUGCUGUACUUGCUGAAGAGAGUAAGAACGUGAAAGGCGAAAGAGUGGUUUCAAGGAAUAUCAGAUACGUCGUCUCAAACAGACGUAUCCGUGACCUCAGUUCCUAUGGAUCAGAGAUCUACAGUCUGUGCAGAGGACUCACAACUUACAUGGCUUAUGAAGACCAGCAGGAUCUGAGUAAUCUGGGUAAUCAGGGAUCCCAGGUUUGGUACAACCCAGCCUCUUGCUACAGACUUGAUCUCCUGAAUCUUUUGGGCAUUGACUACUGUCAGGCUCAGGUUCCGGUUCAGGCUCAGGCUCAGAACCUUUGAGCAUCGUACCUUUCUUGAACCUAGUAAGAAUGCUCGGUAGCUGAACAAAGCCAUCCCUGAUGAUGUUCUUCCCUGACAUUACAUCUCUCAAGAGUUUUGUUCUUCAUGAUUCAGAUGUUGAAACAGAUCAAUCGGUGAUAGUAUCUUUCAAAUAAACACCUUU